AUGGCGAAUUUUCGAUACCUUCACACCUUCAUUGAUGAAGAGUCAGCGGGUGUGGAACUGCCUCGCUCGCGAAGCUGUCCCGAUCUUAGCCAAGCGCAUGUGGAUGCAGAUGAGCAAAACAGUCCAGAGCAUGCAAUGGCCAUCUACGUCGCUGAGCUAUGGCCAAGGACCCAGAUCUUGACUGGGUUGAUGAGGGUAGCUCCAGUGCAACAACCAGUUGCAGCAGUUCCAGUGGAAGAUGCGCAGAAGUGUGACUCGGCUGCAGCCACAUCUUCGGCAACGCCCGUGCGUCAUGCACUUAUCCAGGGCAGCCGGGGCCAUCCCUUUCUAUGUGCGCGGCCAUGCAUUCGCUUGGCUAAAGGGAGCUGCCACAUGGGAGAUGCUUGUGUGUAUUGCCACCACAGCACACAUCCGCGCUUCGCAGCCCUGGACAAGCGCCAGCGGCUUCAAGUGCACAACAUGGACAAGAGCACAUUCUUGUGGACGCUUUUGCCUCACAUCAGUCGUUCUCUUGCAGAUGCUCGCCUCGAAGCACCGGAACUCCUUGAGAUCAUUGAAUGGGAGGUUGAUGCCCAGCAGGUCUACCAUCGAGAUCGACAUCUGGACCGGACUUUGAGACAGAUGCCUUUGUCAGCCCUUCUCGCGUGCAUCGUUGCACGAGAGACAAACUUGCAGUCCUUGCUGCAAGAACAAAUCACGCAACUUCGACAACGCCUACCAUAA